GAUGUUGACAUUGGUAUGGAUUUCCGCUACAGUGUUGUUGAAGGCAGCUUGUUGAUCAAUAACCCCAAUAAAACCCAAGAUGCUGGAACAUACCAGUGCAUAGCAACAAACUCGUUUGGAACAAUUGUAAGCAGAGAAGCGAAGCUUCGGUUUGCUUAUCUUGAAAACUUUAAGACAAGAACAAGAAGCACAGUGUCGGUCCGUCGAGGUCAGGGAAUGGUACUCCUGUGCGGCCCGCCACCCCAUUCUGGAGAGCUGAGCUAUGCCUGGAUCUUCAAUGAAUACCCUUCCUAUCAGGAUAACCGCCGCUUUGUUUCUCAAGAGACUGGGAAUCUGUAUAUUGCCAAAGUAGAAAAAUCCGAUGUUGGGAAUUAUACCUGUGUAGUUACCAAUACUGUGACAAACCACAAGGUCCUGGGGCCACCUACACCACUAAUCCUGAGGAAUGAUGGGGUGAUGGGUGAAUAUGAGCCCAAAAUAGAAGUGCAGUUUCCAGAAACAGUCCCGGCUGAGAAAGGAACAACGGUCAAGUUGGAAUGCUUUGCCUUAGGAAACCCAGUCCCAACUAUUCUGUGGCGGAGAGCUGAUGGAAAGCCGAUAGCAAGGAAAGCCAGAAGACACAAGUCAAAUGGAAUUCUGGAAAUUCCCAAUUUUCAGCAGGAAGAUGCUGGCUCAUAUGAAUGUGUGGCUGAAAACACUAGGGGCAAAAACGUAGCAAAGGGACAGUUAACUUUUUAUGCUCAACCUAACUGGGUUCAAAAGAUAAAUGAUAUCCAAGUGGCCAUGGAGGAGAGUGUCUUCUGGGAAUGUAAAGCAAAUGGGAGGCCCAAGCCUACAUACAGGUGGUUAAAAAAUGGUGACCCACUGUUAACACGGGAUAGAAUACAAAUCGAACAAGGAACUCUCAACAUAACAAUAGUGAAUCUCUCAGAUGCUGGCAUGUACCAGUGUGUGGCAGAGAAUAAACAUGGAGUUAUCUUUUCCAGCGCUGAGCUUAGUGUAAUAGCUGAAAGUCCAGAUUUUUCAAGAACCCUUUUGAAAAGAGUGACACUUGUCAAAGUGGGAGGUGAAGUCGUCAUUGAGUGUAAGCCAAAAGCAUCUCCAAGACCUGUCUACACCUGGAGAAAGGGAAGAGAACUAUUAAGAGAAAAUGAAAGAAUUACCAUUUCUGAAGAUGGAAACCUCAGAAUCGUCAAUGUGACUAAAUCAGAUGCUGGAAGUUACACCUGUAUAGCCACUAACCAUUUCGGAACUGCCAGCAGUACUGGGAACGUGAUCGUGAAAGACCCAACCAAGGUGAUGGUUCCCCCUUCCAGCAUGGAUGUUACCGUUGGAGAAAGUAUUGUUCUUCCAUGCCAGGUGACACAUGAUCACUCCCUGGACAUUGUGUUUACUUGGUCAUUUAACGGACGCUUGAUAGACUUCGACAAAGAUGGAGACCACUUUGAAAGAGUUGGAGGGCAGGAUUCAGCUGGUGAUUUGAUGAUCCGAAACAUCCAACUGAAGCAUGCUGGGAAAUAUGUCUGCAUGGUCCAAACAAGUGUGGACAAACUCUCUGUUGCUGCUGACCUGAUUGUAAGAGGGCCUCCAGGUCCCCCUGAAGCUGUGACCAUAGAUGAAAUCACAGACACCACUGCUCAGCUUUCUUGGAGACCUGGGCCUGACAAUCACAGCCCCAUCACCAUGUACGUCAUCCAAGCUCGGACUCCGUUCUCCGUGGGCUGGCAAGCCGUCAGCACAGUUCCAGAGCUCGUUGAUGGGAAGACGUUCACGGCGACUGUGGUGGGUUUGAACCCCUGGGUUGAGUACGAGUUCCGCACUGUUGCAGCUAAUGUGAUUGGCAUCGGGGAACCCAGCCGGCCCUCUGAGAAACGGAGGACAGAAGAGGCCCUCCCUGAAGUCACCCCAGCUAACGUCAGUGGUGGAGGAGGCAGCAAGUCUGAACUGGUUAUAACCUGGGAGACAGUCCCGGAGGAAUUACAGAAUGGCAGAGGCUUUGGUUAUGUGGUGGCCUUCCGGCCACAUGGCAAAACGAUCUGGAUGCUGACAGUGCUGGCUUCCGCGGAUGCUUCCAGAUACGUAUUCAGGAACGAGAGCGUGCGCCCAUUCUCUCCCUUUGAGGUUAAAGUGGGUGUCUUCAAUAACAAAGGAGAAGGCCCUUUCAGUCCCACUACAUUGGUGUAUUCUGCUGAGGAAGAACCCACCAAGCCACCAGCCAGUAUCUUUGCCAGGAGUCUUUCUGCCACAGAUAUUGAAGUUUUCUGGGCCUCCCCCAUUGGGAAGAAUAGAGGGCGGAUUCAAGGUUAUGAGGUAAAAUAUUGGAGACAUGAUGACAAGGAAGAAAAUGCUAGAAAAAUACGAACAGUUGGAAAUCAGACAUCCACAAAAAUCACCAACUUGAAAGGAAGUGCACUGUAUCACUUAGCUGUGAAGGCAUAUAACUCAGCUGGGACAGGACCCUCCAGUGCGACAGUCAAUGUCACCACCAGAAAGCCACCACCAAGCCAACCCCCCGGAAACAUCAUAUGGAAUUCAUCGGACUCCAAAAUUAUCCUGAACUGGGAUCAAGUGAAGGCCCUGGAUAAUGAGUCAGAAGUAAAAGGAUACAAAGUCUUGUACAGAUGGAACAGGCAAAGCAGCACAUCCGUCAUUGAAACAAACAAAACAUCUGUUGAGCUUUCUUUACCUUUUGAUGAAGAUUACAUCAUAGAGAUCAAGCCAUUCAGUGAUGGAGGAGACGGCAGCAGCAGCGAGCAAAUCCGAAUCCCAAAGAUAUCAAAUUCCUAUGCAAGAGGAUCUGGGGCUUCUACCUCCAAUGCGUGUACACUGUCAGCCAUCAGCACAAUAAUGAUAUCCCUCACAGCCAGGUCUAGUUUAUGA